AUGGCUCGCUUUGGCAAACUACUUCGCUUCAAGAAUACCUCCGGGCAGGUAUUCUAUGGAGAGGCAAAAGACUUGCCGCAGAUAACAAAGGACGCUCUGAUAGGUGCUGAAGUUCCUGUCUUCAGUGCUGGCCAGGAGCCCUGGUCGGAUGAUUUCAAGCUUUCGGGCUCAACAGAAAAGAUUGCAGAGGUCCUUGCUCCGCUGCCCAAAGUCCCGAUCUUCCUUUGCAUUGGGCUCAACUACAAAAAGCAUGCGGAAGAGGGUGGUAUGAAAGUCGGAGAGUAUCCGCAGACCUUUUACAAGCCUGCAGAUGCACUCGCUGGACCCUUCGAAGACAUACCCAUUCACCCCGCGUGCCAAUGGAUGGACUACGAAGUCGAACUCUGUGUUGUCAUUGGCAAGGACUGCAAGAACGUGAGCGAAGACGAAGACGUCACCCAGUAUAUCUUGGGCUAUACCGUGGGUAACGACGUGUCGGCUCGAUGGUGGCAGAUGCCUGAACGGUCGAACAACCAGCCAUCGAUGGCCAAGUCUUUCGACAAAUUCGCCCCGAUUGGUCCUGUUAUCACCUCUCCGGACAUCAUCGCUGAUCCCAAGCAGCUGAGGAUGCGGAGUAUUGUGAAUGGAGACCAGAGACAAAUCACUCAGACGGACGACCUAAUCUUCGACAUUCCCGCCAUCAUCCGCCACUUCAGCCGUGCCAUGACCAUUAGAAAGGGAACCGUUAUUAUGACGGGUACCCCAAGUGGUGUUGCGGCCUUUAUGAAGCCGCCUGCGUGGUUGCAGGACGGCGACGUGGUGGAAAUGGAGCUUGAACAUGUGGGCACCAUGCGCAACAAGAUGGUAUUUGAGAAAUCUGAGUAG